AUGAGUGGCAAAAGUGUGGUUUGUGCUGACUGUGAUGGAAGGUGCGAUCGUAACUUGUAUAGGUUAUUUAUGGCACGUCGAUAUAAGCAAAUUCUUUAUUACAUAGAAAACUACCCUGAACGAUGCUACAAGUUAAUUCUUUCUGAAGUUAUUCCUUUCGUUCUGGAUCAAUGCUUUGGUGAGAAAAAGUUUGACCUUUGUGCAGAAUUGGUUGAAAAAUAUAUAUCAAAGCAUGAUAUUGUGUGGGACCAAUGGAUUUUUCGAUUUGGCUUACAAAGACAUAUUGGAUGCCUGGCCCGAGUUUACAACCCCAAGAACUCCGAUGGAGCUUUAAAUACAAGAUUUUUACUUCAACUUGUAAAGUAUGAUAGUUAUGAACUGGAUAUGCUAUUACAACACUGGCCGCGUAUGUUGUAUAGUGCUGAAGUGAUUUUAUCUGGUAUUCUCGCACGUCUUUACUUUAAGAAACAAGAAGCUUGUGGUGUACAAGCGUCAUGCCAAACAACCAAGUUGACCUUCGUGGAAUGGCAGAAUGCUUUAAGCGAGCUUUAUUUUGAGGAUGACGUGAUUCACUUACUUCGGGCCUAUCUCCAUAUUUGUUUUCAAAAUGAAAAAUAUAUGGAUGCAGCAAAAGGCUACAUGGAGUAUUUUGUUAUGAUGCUUCCUUUCACAAGAGAUCAACGUCAACGAAGCUAUGAAGUAUUUGAAGGAUAUACCCUGCGUGCGCAGCCCUUUCGCGAAUUUCCACCUCACAAUCUUAUUCAUUUGUGGGAUUUAUUGACAAGCCAUAAUAUACUUGAGGAAUUUAUUUGGUUGAAGGACUCUAGUGGCACGACUGUUUUUUUAACCCCACUUCUUAUUUACUACCGUGAAGAAUUUGGACGCUACCUGAUUGAUUCUCUUCAUGCAGAUUUUCUUGAAGAGAUAUUAAAAUUUACUGCUCAUGAAUUGAAAGACCAGCCAGUCCAACUUUUACAUGUCCUUGAUGCCCUUACGAGAGUGUCACCUCUAUCAACACGCUCAUAUCAUGCACUUAUGGCGGAGCUUUACGCGGAGCAUGCACCAGAGAAACUAUUGGCCUUUAUUCAACAUCCUCAGGUGGGUGGAUUAAAUUUGAAAAAAAUUGCUGAAAUUGUUGAAAAACAAAAGCUAUUUCGAGAACUUGUUUAUAUUGUUGGUAAAACUGGGAAUGAUCUUGAGGCUGUUCGCAUGGCUAUUCGAUGCAUCAAAAGUGUCCCUCUUGCAAUGGAAUACAUAAAGGAUCACCCUGAUGAUACUCGUCUUUUGAACUUGGUUAUGGCGAACGUGAUUCAAUCGCCCAUUCUUAUUGGUGACUUUUUAGACGCAGCGGGCGAUUUUGCGGACAUGAAAUCAUUUUUGCAAUCCAUUCCUUCACCAAAUCGUCUUUAUGUUCCUCAUGGUGGCCCCCGCGUGAAGAGAGUGCUUCAAGGCAAAUCGUGUCUUGAACGAAUUUCGAAGUCUUCGUUAGAUUCUAUCUUGUUAGAUACUCGCGUUUCACUUAUUCGAUUGCGACAACAAAAGUGCAGGGGGACGCGUUGUAUACCAGGGAACUUUUGCAGUUCAUGUGGUCAAACUAUUUUAGGGGAUUACAUGGUAAAUAGUACCGGAGCAGCCUUUCAUACAGGUUGCGCUUCCCCCUUCUUUCUACAGUGCAAAAGGCAUGAAAAAUUAGUACGCCACCAGAAUGGGAAGCCAUGGAUGAGUGAGGAGAGCGCCUCUAAAAUGGAUUACGUUGAGUAUUAUACAUAUAGAUCUCUCGGUAGUUCUAAUCCAAUCAAAUUGUUGCCAGAGGAAGAGAUUUAUCGAAUACUUUCCUUUUUGUCCCCCCACGAACGAGAAGUUUGUCGGGUUGUGAGUCGUGAAUUCCGAAGGUCAAUUAAAUCGUUUUACCUAUUUGCCAAGAGAGAAGAUGAUAAUGCCUUUAGUCGUUAUUCUGCUCGGUUGGAAAGUGUGGGAGAGAAGAAUUGCAGGUGUACCUUACACUUGGGAAAAGUAUCUGUAGUUACUUCACUGAAAGGUGUACAACAACAUCUUGGCGAUGCCGUUUAG